GCAACGCGAGAGUUGCUGCCGAGUUAAUUCGAGUUUGAGUAUCGUUGAUUGAAACAUAGGGGGGAAGAGACAUUUGUGAAUCGUAGUAAAGAAUUCGUUAUUACCCGUCUUUAGAUAAAAGGAACAUUUCGUCUUCGAUCUACGUUUAGUGUCGCUGUGUCUUACGACGGUUCUCUCUCGCAGCACCCUCUUGACCGUAUUUGUAAACUACUUGGUCUUCUGUCGCUCUCCAUUUGUCCCUUUUCUGUUCCUAUUUCUUUCUUUUUUUUCGUUCUCUCUCUUUCUCUCUCUCUCUCUUGUUUUCUUCUUUUUUUUUUUUAAUGCAUCGUAAACGAAAAAGUUGAUUUCAAGAGACAUAUUGUUAACAAAUCUGAUUGUUCUCUCAGUUUCCUAACUGGAUAUAUUUUGUAAAAUUGCCCUUUUCGUGGGAGGAAAAACGUUCCUGGAUAUACCACAUAUCGAGAAAUCGAAAAAUUAAAACUGGAUAAUCGUGUCACCUAACGAGCAAUGAGUACCACGGAUCCUACUGGAGAGGGCGGAGGGGGAGGGGUGACGAGUACAAUAUCACCAACAAACGUUGAACAAAAUAUAUCUCCGGUUAUACCGGUGACCGGUAGUGCGGUGCAACCAGGCUCUCAACAACAGCAUCCACCACCGUCACCACUAAGCGGUUGUUACCUUCUCGUUGUGCUUCCAGAGCCUCAUACUGCGCAGCAUAAAGAUCUCAUCUUAAACCGUCUAGCGAAAGGUUUCCUGUCAUGGGAUAAGGAUAGCUGUCAUGUAGAUUUAGAAAAAGAAUUAUUGGCAUUGGUGGCACAAGCUCCCGAGGGAGAAGAAGCUAGAAAUGGCGAACGACUGAUUCAAUACGCUACAGAAAACCUCGUUACCGAGGUUUUGAUUCACCCGCAAACGAACACAUUAUUGCAAUGUAUUCGUAAUCUUCUCGCAAGUUUCACGAAACACCGGCAUAUCAUACACGCUGGCUAUACCUUCGGUGGAAAUGGUUCCUGGAUACUGCAAGAUGGAACCUUUAGCCUCGCCGAUUUUCUGGACGCCUUCAGCGAGCACGAAGUGCAAAGAGUUCUUCGAGCGUAUGAGAACAGCGUGACGGUAGACAUUCAUUGCGCGAGCGUUGGCGAUUGGACGACGAACAGAUUGUCCAAAGAGGCUUGCACCAGAGCGUGCAGAGUCCGAGUAAAUCCCGACGACGUUCUUACCGCUGGCUUGUCAGCAAUUACCAGUUUCACAAAUUACGUUGGACAAUAUCUCGUUGCCCAAACGUUGGACCAAUUGAUGGAACCGUCCGAUGUUGUAGGCAACAUAAGAUUUAGUCAUCCAACAUUAUACGUCUUCCCCGGUGGCCAAGGUGAUGCCGCCCUCUUUGGCAUAAACGGUUUUAACAUGUUGGUCGACGGUGGUUUCGCCAGAAAAGCCUGUUUUUGGGACUUUACCAGGCAUCUGGACCGACUCGACGCGGUCUUACUUACUAGAAUAAAUAAUAGCAAUGUCGGAGGCAUGUCGAGUGUUCUUUGUAAAAAGAAGGAGAUGCACGUUUAUCCUCAGAUCGGACACUUUUUCUGUAAUCUAGUCGAGAGAAGACAAUCCAAUUCACCGGAUGGGAACAAAGAUAUCGAUCCUCUGAUCCUGAAUCUAACCGACAUUGGCCAAGAGAUGGUCGUUAAUCUACGUCACAUCAACUUGCGAGCGCAUCCGUGCUACAGGGAUCCGGACCCGAUCAAUCUUUACCACAAAGUGGGCCACGGCACGUUGGACAUGUACGUGCUAAGCCCGAACAAGGACAGCCGCGAAGUGAGGGAAUUUCUUGCCAAAUGGCACACCUCGGACUCGAAAUUAUUCUCCGGCUCCCACAAAAAAGACUCGAACAAUUUAACGUUCCCGAUUCAGAAUCUGGUCUCGAUAUGCGCAAUGCUCGUUUGGCAACCUGCCAAUCCCGAGGACACUAUCACGAGAAUCCUGUUCCCCGGCAGUACCCCCCAGCUCAAGAUUUUCGAAGGGUUCGAACGAUUGAAGCAUCUCGAGUUCCUCAAGCAUCCCGUAUGCUCGGCGAAAAGCCUUUCCCCGUCCGCCUCGUUGGCGACCUUGCGUGACAAACCGGCCAAGCAAAAGUUCAGCCUCAUAACCGACAAAGAGCCGGCGAAGAAGAUAGGGGAGGCGAAGAAGGAGAAGAAGGAGUCGCCGGAGAUGAAAGUGAUAAAAGGCGGGGAGGAUUUGCCAGCCCGCGUAGCGCAGGGCACACCCAUCAUACCCACUAAACAACAGCAACCGGUCAAACCCGAGGCGAAGACCAAGAAAGCGUUGGAGAACAAGAAGAUAGAGGUGGAGAUAAAGGACGUGAAGGAGAGGAAGGAGCAAAAGGCGGAGAAGGAGGCGAAGAAGGAGAUUAUAAAGAAGGAGAUUGGAAAAAUAGAGAAGCUCGAGAAAGAGGAAAAACGGGAGGAAGAGGUUCAGAGGAAGCCUAUCGAGACUAGGCAGGAGGCUGAGAAGAUAAUCGCGCCCCCCGCGAUUAAGGAGGCGAAACCGAGGAAGAAAGAGGCGAAGGGCGCGAAGCCCGCGAAAAUAGACUCGACGCCAAAACCGAGGAUCACCGAGUCGAAGAAAGCGAAACAAUCCCCCGUGGAGAAGAAGGAAACGGGCGUGAUCAAAUCGUCGCCGACCACCCCCAAGAAGACCAUGAACGGGGUAGCGACUAAAACGGAAAUAUCGAAGGCGGUGAAAAAGAUGCCGCCUGUUCACAAGAUCGAGAUCGCCCCCCCGGCGAAAAGCACGAAGGACGCGAACAACAGGAAAGUGGUGGAGCAGAAGAAGUCUGCGAUAAAGGAAACGGGUGUAACAGCCGCGGUCAAAGUGACGGCGAAACCGAAGCCAAUGGACAGAAAGCCGAUAGGGCGAAGGAAGCCUGUCAGCCCGAGCAAAGUACGGGUGUCAGGCAGCCCCGCGAAAUCGACUCGAAGCACGCCAACGACUUCCGUCAAAUCCGAUAAGGAUGGCGUCGUUGCUCGCAAGGCGAAGGGGGAGAAGGGGACCGCCGACUCGUCCACGGUAUCCACGCCGUCAGGGAUCGAGGCCGAGGCGGGUGGCAGGCUGGCCGAGAAGAGCUUGAUGGAACAAUCGGAGGACAUUUCGUUGGACUCGAUCGAGAGCAAGGUGUUGGCCGAUCUGAAAGAGGAACGGGAGGUCGUGGAGGAGAUCGAGGCCGUCCUCCAGAAGGCGGAACGUAUCGAGGAGACGAGGAAAGAUGAUCGUUCCGAGGGGGAUGAUGAGAUCACGGCCGAGCUUACCGACAAGAAGGAGGAGGAUAUCACGGAUGAUGACAUAAUUGAGCCCGAUAUGGAGGAAGCAUUGAAGAGGGAGAUGAUCGACGAAUAUUUGAUCGUCGAGAAGGAGGAGGAUUAUAUCGAGGACUCUACCCAGAGCGGGGAGGGUGAGCAGAAACAUAUCCUGGACGAGGCUGAGUCGGAGAAGGCGAAGAUGCUGAAGGAUAUGGAACAGGUGAAGGAGAAGGGGGAGGAGGAGGAGGUCGAGGAAAAGGAGAGGGACGAGAGCGUGGUGGUGGAGAAGCGGGAGAAAGAGGGGGAGGAGAAAGUGGUGGAGACGUUGAGGAUCGAGGAGGAGGGGGCGGAGCCUAUCGAUCUGUCGCCGGAUCGAAGGGAGCAAUUGGAGGAGGAGGUGAAGGAUAUAAUCGCUACCGCGGCGGAAACGAUACAGCAGAAGCCUGAGGAGAAGGACGAUUCUGGGAAGAAGGAUAGCGAGGACGUCACGAAGGAGCCGUCCAGUUUGAGCCCGGACAAAUUGGACUCGUCCGAGAAGAAAACCACCGAUACCGACAUGAAGCCUGAGGUUGACCAAAAGGAACAAAUCCCCGAAAAAUUGGAAGAAUCGCAAGAACGUAUUUCUACGUUGGAAUCUGGCGCCACAACGACAGCCCCAACGCUUCCCGAGGACGAGCGUAUACCGCUCGAUGAGAUAAAAGAAGAUAUCGACGAGAAACACAUCAUCGAGGAAGUGAAGGAGAAAGACGUGAUACCGAAGGUUAAGGAAGAAGAGGUCGCUGCUGCUGCUUCGCGAAUUGUACCUCUCACGGUAACCACUAAGCCGGACGUUCACGUGUUCGACAUCCGGCAAGCUGUGCAACGAGAUAUCGUGAAAACUCCGGACGAGGUUGCCGAUCUGCCUGUCCACGAGGAGGUGGAUCCCAAGUUGUACAGAAUAGAAGACUUUGAGAAGGACAAAGAGGAAAAGCUGACAUUGCCACAGCCGCAGGCGCAACAAGAACAGAAGCCUGAACAGAAACCGGAACAAGAACCGCCCACUCCGCCGGUUAAGGAGCAAAAAGGUGUUUUCAGUUUCUUCGGCAAGGUUGCCGAUAAAUUUGAGAAGGGUAUCGAUAAAUUGACUAAAAAAUCGAAGAAGGAGCAAGAGAAAGAUGUUGACGAAAAAUCUUCAUCCAAGUCAAGCUCUCCUAAAGAAGCUAAGGUAGAGAAAACUGUUCUUGAAGAGGUAGAUAUGGAGAAAAUGUUCCCCAAAGUAGGCAAACCUAGUGAAAAAGCUCAAGAAGUUACGGUAACUGAAGUAGAACGGAAGGAUAGCGAUGCAAAGAUCUCACCGGCUGUUGAAGAAAUUGUCGCGAAGGAACGAGUCGUCGAGGAUGUUUCCAUACCAGAACCGGAGGAAGCAAAGCCCGAGAUUAAGGAGAAACCGAGUGAAAUUGAAGAGAAGGAGGAAGAAGUCGCUGCGCCUAAACCUGUCGAUGAAAAAAUUGUGAUAAAAGAAGACGUGAAAGUGAGUGAAGUUCAGCCGAAAGAAGUCGCGUUGGACGAGAGGAAAGAGGAAAUAACAGAGAUCGAUACCAAGAUUAGGAAGGAAGAGGAGGUUGGAGAAGAAGUCGAGGAAGACGCGGAAGAGAUAAAAGCCUUGCUGGAAGAAGCUUCGAAGAAAUUUAAGACGGUGAAGGAUAGCCUGAGAGACUCGUUGGAGUCGUUAGAAGAAAAGAUCGAAGAAGAAACUGUCGACCUAACGCGAGAAGUACCACUGGUGAAAGAUGUCGUUAAAGACACGUUGGAAGGUGUAGUGGAAAAAUUGGAAGCGAUAAAACCACAGAUCGAAAGCAUAUCGCCCGAAACUAAAGAACCGGAGAAAGUAAAAUUCGAAAUACCAAAAGAGGAAGAUUGGGAACCAGUGCCUACUAAAGACGUUAAAGAGGCUGUUCGAGAUGUUGGCGAAGUCCUCGCUGGUACAGCUGGAAUAGAUAUCGAGGAAAAACCAAAAGAUGUCAUUGAAAUCGUGCGUAAAGUUGCUCAAGUUUUAAAAGAAGACGAUUUAUUUUCGGAAAAAACGUUAUUCGAAGAACCGAUCAAAAAAGAAGAAGUAUCACCUACUGCCGCUAAAACUAAAUCACCAGUUUCUGAAGGCGAAGGCGUCGAAUCGCCUGAAAAAUUAACCACAAUCGAAGAUAAAAUUGCUGUAAUACCGACGAAAGUCGGUAUCACGGAAGAGAUUUCUUAUCAGGAGGAAGCCGAAGAGCUCGUUGAAGUGCACGAGGAGCCUUGCGUGAAAAUGGUUAAGAAAAUCGAGGAGAUUACGUCUCCGGAAAAGAAACCGGAGGAUAAACGUGACGUUAAAGAAAUUUGCGAAGAGAUGUUAAAAGAGGAUGAAAAACCGAUAAAGGAGCCGGUUGUUUCAGAUAAGGAAGUUGUUUCUCCGAAAGUGGAUGUAAUGGAAGCUGGAUUAGAGGACGUAUACGUGAAAGAAACCGCGAGAAAAUCGAUCGAUGAAGCACAAAUUGGAACAGGGGUAGAAGAGUCGGUGAUAGGUUUCGAUCAAAAGAUUUCUCCCGCGAAGGCGGAGAUCGUGAUGGUCUCUCCAGGUUCGACGCCAACAUCGCCCAAAUUCGUAACGGAUAAAGAGCGUGAGGCCAAAGUGGACGCGAGUGAAGAAAUUGCUACCUCAAUUGAAUUGCCGUCCGAAGUUAGAGCGAUCAUCGAUAAAGUUGAUCGCAUGAUAGAAGAGAUAAUCGAAGAGCUUGUAUUGAAGAAGAAGAGAAUUACGAUCGAGAUUGUAGAAUAUAUAACAAUCGUGAAACGUGUUCCAAAAGAGCGUGUGAUUUAUAUUAUCGAAGAGAUUAUCAUACGGAAAGGACUUUCGAAGGAGGAUGUUGUCGAUAACGUUGAUAUCUUAAAACUCGAAUCGAUUACUCCACGAUUGCAAAUGGAACUCGAGGAAUAUAUCAUUAGUGAAUAUAUGAAAAAAGGGAAGUGUAUAACCAUUGAAAUCGUGGAGGAAAUUUCUGUGAGAAAAACUGUACCGAAAACGAUUAUCAUUCGUAUUAUUCAGGAAAUUAUCAUUCAAAAAUUAAUCGAUGUUCCUACUAAAGGUCUGUUUGAUUCGCAGGUAGAACAGAUUAUUCUUAAACAAAAGAAAGAAGAAGAAAAGGAAGAAAUAGAAAAAGUGGAAAAGAAAGAGAUCGAAAAGGAAAAAGAAAAGGAAGAAAAAGAAAAAGAAAUUACAGAAAUCACAAAAGAAGCAGAGGAAGUACUAUCGCCAAUCGAUAAAGUAUCUGUCGCGAAAUUAGAGAAGGAAAAAGAAGAGAAAGCACUCAAAGCAGAACUCGACUUGAAGAAAAAGGAAGAGGUCGAGGAAGAAGAGGAGGAAGAAGAAGAAGUAGAAGAAGAUGGUUUUGUUAGUAUCGGUAAAAAAAUUUCGAAAGAAGAGAUACAAAUUAAAGAACAAAUAAUUCCAAAAGAAAAAGACAUUACCGAUGAUUUUGAAGCUGUUGAACAAGAAUAUAAAGUAGGUGAAGUAACGGUUACUUCGCUAGAAGACACAUCGCGGAUUAUUUCGCCAAAAUCGGAUGAAUCGAGGGAACGAGAAUACGCUGAAGAAGCUGUCGAAGACGUAAUAAGCGAAGUUAUUGAGGCUGAUGAAAAGUUUGUUCAUGAGACGAAAGAGAAAAUAGAGAAAAAAGAAUUAGACAUAGAUGUUGACAAAGUACAAUUUGUUAAAUUGGAUAAAGAAGAAAUGGAAAAGAAAGAAGCUAAAGAAUUGACUAAGACGAUAGAAAUAGCAAAAGAAAUGGAACCUCUCGAUACAACAGAAAAAUAUUUAGACGAAGCUAAAGAGAAAAAGGAAGAAAAAAUUAUUGACAAAACAAUAGCAAAAAAAUUAAUCGAAGAAACACCGAAAGUAACUACACUUCAAAUUGAAAAAGAAGAAAGAAAGGUGGAUGAGAAGAAAGAAGAAAAGAAACCUGAAGAGGAAAAAAAAGAAUUAAAGAUUGAAGAAAAGAAAGAAGAAAAGAAACCCGUAGAGGAAGAAAAAGAAUUAAAAAUUGAAGAGAAGAAAGAAGAAAAGAAACCCGUGGAGGAAGAAAAAGAAUUAAAAGUCGAAGAGAAAAAAGAAGAAAAAAAACCUGAAGAAAAAGAAAAAGAAAUAAAGGUGGAAGAAAAGAAAGAAGAAAAGAAACCUGAAGAGGAAGGAAAAGAAUUAAAGGAUGAGAAGGAAAAAGAAGAAACGAAACCUAUUGCGGAAGAAAAAGAAGUAAAGAUUGAGGAAAUCGAUCGUAAAUCAAGUAUCGAGGAAUUAGCUAAAGUAGAAAAAAUAUCUCCGAAAUUGGAAAAAAUUGAAGAUGAAAAACAAAUUGUUCCAGAAGAUUUAUCCUUAGUUAAGGAACGAAAACAAGAACAGGAACGUAUCGAUUCUAGUAUAGAAGCACAGGUAGAAGAAAUAAAGGAGAAGAAACCAGAAAUCGGAGAAGACAUUGGAUCUGUUCGGCGAAUGUUGGUCACAGCGAGUAGCGAAGACGGUGGACAGGAAACGGAAAUUUGUGCAGCCGGUACUAUCGCAUUUCAAAAAGUUAUUACACCCGAAGAUUCUCUUAAAGAUACAUCUAUCAAGACAACACCUGAUAAAGAUUCUUUGCUUUUAGAUAAAGACUCUCUGCAUUCGGAAAUAAGUAGCCCAGAAAAGGACAGUAUUUCCGAAAAGUCAUUGCCAAAAGAUAUUGGAAAAAUAACGCCCGAAGACAGUUUGGAUAAAUCUCCAAUCGAUACACGUGAUUCGCGCGAUCUCGAGGAUAGUUUGGAGAAAGGUAAACCGAGGGAGGCGGAUAGUAGCACUUCUCCAUCUGUUAUGGACACAGAAACUCCCAAAUCUCCAUUACAACAGAAACAAAUUGAGGAUUUGGCUAAAGUAAAACCUGACAUUACUGAGAAAGAAGAAUUGCAUGAAAAAAUUGUUGAAGAUCAUUUACAAAAGUCCAAAGAAGAAACUGAUAAGAAAAUGCUUGAAAUAAGUGCAUUAAAAUCAUCCGAAUCGAUUCGAUCGGAGGACGUUUCACCGGCAGAAACCAUUUUUGCGAAAUCACCCACGGAAAAAUUAAAAGAACCGAGCAAAAUUCCAAUCGAUACAAAAGAGGUAGAACCGGCAAAAUUAAUUUUAGAAACAGAAACCAUAACAAAGCGAGUUGAAGAAAUUAGCCAAGAGAUUCGUGAAAUCGAAGUGAAAAAAGAUGAAAAAGAAGAAGUGUGUGUAUCGCGUGAAAAGAGUGAAUCACCAAAAGAGGAAACAAUUAUCGAACCUGCCAAAAUAGAGGAAAAAGAAUUAAUCACAGAUCACAAAUUAGAAAUCUCUACUGAUCAAGAUAAAAUAGAAAAGAAAGAUGAUUUGCAGGAGAUAAGCGAGGUUAAAAUAAAAGAAGAGAAACUGAAAGAUUUAGAAGCAAAAAUUCCUGAUGAAUCAAAAAUAAUUGAGGAUAAAAUAUCCUCUGAUAUUAAACAGACUGAUAUUAUUGAUAAGGAUAAGCUUCCAAUUGUAGAUGUUGAUAAAUCUAAAGUGGAAAUACAUACAUUAACAAAAUUAGAUACUACAACAAUUGUAACUGAUAAAGAGCUAAGUAUUAGUGAUGAAAAGAUCAAAGAACCAAUCGAUACAUUAAAAUCAACUUUUGUUACAGAUACUACAUCAACUACAGAAAAACCAAAAUCUCCCAUUAUAACAGAAAAGAUUCAAGAACUUGAUAUCACGGACAAAGAAAUAGUUUCUCCCAAAGAAGAAGAAAUGAAAAUGAAGGAGAAAGUAGAUAUAGAAAAGCACGUUAUUGAAAAAAUUGAGAAAGUCAAAGAAGAAACGAAGGCCGAAAGUAUACCAAUAGAAACAAAGACAGUGAUCGAUGUAUCGAAACGAGCUAGUAUUACAAGUGAAAUUCAUGUUGUAACAGAGGCUGAAACUAAGGUAAUCGACAAAUCUAAAUCACCAAGUGAAAUAGAUGAAACAGAAGUUAAAACAAGAUCGCCCAGCAUUGCUGGUGAUAUCGAAGAUUCGAAAGAAGUAGAAGCAACAAGUAUUGAUAAAUCUAGAACACCUAGUGUAACAAGUGUUACAGCAGAGUCAAAGGAGGUAUCCGAAAAAUCAAAAUCGCCCAGUAUUGCUGAAGAUGAACCCGAUUUAAAAGAUAUAGAGACAAAAGAAAUUGAAAAAUCAAGAUCUCCUAGUGUAACAAGUAUUCCUACAGAAGAAAAGAAAACAAUGGAUAAAUCAAAAACACCUAGUCCUGAAGAAGAGCCAGAUUUAAAAGACAUUGAAAAAUCUAGAAUACCAAGUGUAAUUAGUGUUCCAGCAGAAGUUAAAGAAACAAUAGAAAAGUCACCUAGCGUUUCUGGUGAAGAACCAGAAUUAAAGGAUGUUGAUACAAAAGAGGUUGAAAAAUCUAGAUCUCCUAGUGUAACAGCAGAAAUAAAAGACGUUGAUAUGAAAGAAAUAGAAAAGUCUAGAUCUCCAAGCGUAACAAGCACUACAACAGAAGUAAAAGAACCAUCAGAUAAAUCAAAAUCACCCAGUAUUGCUGGUGAAAUUGUUGAUUUGAAAGAUGUUGAUAAAAAAGAAAUUGAAAAGUCAAGAUCUCCCAGCGUAACAAGUAUCACAGCAGAAGAGAAAGAGCCAUCAGAUAAAUCAAAGUCUCCCAGUGUUGCUGGAGAAAAGCCAGAAUUAAAGGAUGUCGAGAUAAAAGAUAAAGAAAAAUCUAGAUCUCCAAGUGUAACGAGUGUUACUGGAGAGCCAAAAGAGUUAUCAGAUAAAUCAAAGUCGCCCAGUGUUGCUGGUGAAGAGCCAGAAUUAAAAGAUGUCGAGAUAAAAGACGUAGAAAAAUCCAGAUCUCCAAGUGUAACAGCAGAAAUAAAAGACGUCGACAUAAAAGAAAUAGAAAAGUCCAGAUCUCCCAGCGUAACAAGCACUACAGCAGAAGUAAAAGAACCAUCAGAUAAAUCAAAGUCACCCAGUAUUGCUGGUGAAAUUGUUGAUUUGAAAGAUGUUGAUAAAAAAGAAAUUGAAAAAUCAAGAUCCCCCAGUGUAACAAGUGUCACAGCAGAAGAAAAAGAGCCAUCAGAUAAAUCAAAGUCUCCCAGUGUUACUGGAGAAAAGCCAGAAUUAAAGGAUGUCGAAAUAAAAGACAUAGAAAAAUCUAGAUCUCCAAGUGUAACAAGUGUUAUUACAGAACCGAAAGAACCAUCAGAUAAAUCAAAGUCGCCCAGUGUUGCUGGUGAAGAGCCAGAAUUAAAAGAUGUUGAGCUAAAAGACGUAGAAAAAUCCAGAUCUCCAAGUGUAGCAAGUGUUACUAUGGAAUCGAAAGAACAAUCAGAUAAAUCAAAAUCUCCCAGUGUUGCUGAUGAAAAGCCAGAAUUAAAAGAUGUUGAGAUAAAAGACGUAGAAAAAUCCAGAUCUCCAAGUGUAACGAGUGUUAUUGCGGAACCAAAAGAACCAUCAGAUAAAUCAAAGUCUCCCAGUGUUGCUGAUGAAAAGCCAGAAUUGAAGGAUGUUGAGAUAAAAGAUAUAGAAAAAUCCAGAUCUCCAAGUGUAACGAGUGUUACUGCGGAACCAAAAGAAUCAUCGGAUAAAUCAAAGUCGCCCAGUGUUGCUGGUGAAGAACCACAAUUAAAGGAUGUUGAGAUAAAAGAUAAAGAAAAAUCCAGAUCUCCAAGUGUAACAAGUGUUACUAUCGAAUCAAAAGAACCAUCAGAUAAAUCAAAAUCGCCCAGUGUUGCUGGUGAAGAACCAGAAUUAAAAGAUGUUGAGGUAAAAGACGUAGAAAAAUCCAGAUCUCCAAGUAUUAUUGCAGAACUAAAGGAACCAUCAGAUAAGUCAAAAUCACCUAGUGUUGCUAGCGAAGUUGCUGAAUUGAAAGAUGUUGAUAUAAAAGAAAUCGAAAAAUCGAGGACUCCUAGCAUCACAAGUGCACCAACAGAAGUUAAGGAACUAUCAGAUAAAUCAAAAUCGCCGAGUGUUACUGGUGAAGAAUCAGAAUUAAAGGAUGUUGAUACGAAGGAGAUUGAAAAAUCCAGAUCUCCAAGUGUAACGAGUGUCACAACAGAAACAAAAGAACCAAUGGAUAAAUCAAAGUCUCCCAGUGUUGCAGGUGAAAUUGCUGAAAUGAAAGACGUUGAUACAAAGGAAAUUGAAAAAUCUAGAUCUCCCAGUGUAACAAGUGUCACUGCAGAAACAAAAGAACCAUCAGAUAAAUCAAAGUCUCCCAGUGUUACUGAUGAAGUUGCUGAAUUGAAAGAUGUUGAUACAAAAGAGAUUGAAAAAUCCAGAUCUCCAAGUGUAACGAGUGUCACUGCAGAAACAAAAGAACCAUCAGAUAAAUCAAAAUCGCCUAGUAUUGCUGGUGAAGUUAUUGAUCUGAAAGAUGUCGAUAAAAAAGAAUUUGAAAAGUCAAGAUCUCCUAGUACAACAAGUAUUACAACAGAAGUGAAAGAACUAUCAGAUAAAUCAAAGUCUCCCAGUGUUACUGAUGAAGUUGCUGAAUUGAAAGAUGUAGAUACAAAAGAGAUUGAAAAGUCGAGGUCUCCCAGUGUAACAAGUGUCACAGCAGAAACAAAAGAACCAAUGGAUAAAUCAAAAUCUCCCAGUGUUACUGAUGAAGUUGCUGAAUUGAAAGAUGUUGAUACAAAGGAGAUUGAAAAAUCCAGGUCUCCAAGUGUAACGAGUGUCACAGCAGAAACAAAAGAACCAACGGAUAAAUCAAAGUCGCCUAGUAUUUCUGGCGAAGUUGCUGAAUUGAAAGACGUUGAUACAAAAGAGAUUGAAAAGUCGAGGUCACCCAGUGUAACAAGUGUCACAGCAGAAACAAAAGAACCAAUGGAUAAAUCAAAAUCUCCCAGUGUUACUGAUGAAGUUGCUGAAUUGAAAGAUGUUGAUACAAAGGAGAUUGAAAAAUCCAGGUCUCCAAGUAUAACGAGUGUCACAGCAGAAACAAAAGAACCAACGGAUAAAUCAAAGUCUCCAAGUGUUACUGAUGAAGUUGCUGAAUUAAAAGAUGUUGAUACAAAGGAAAUUGAAAAGUCGAGGUCUCCCAGCGUAACAAGCGUCACAGUAGAAACAAGAGAACCAACGGAUAAAUCAAAGUCUCCAAGUGUUACUGAUGAAGUUGCUGAAUUGAAAGAUAUUGAUACAAAGGAGAUUGAAAAAUCUAGAUCUCCCAGUGUAACAAGUAUCACUGCAGAAACAAAAGAGCCAUCAGAUAAAUCAAAGUCUCCCAGUGUUGCUGGUGAAAAACCAGAGUUAAAGGAUGUUGAGACGAAAGAGAUAGAAAAGUCAAGAUCUCCCAGCGUAGCAAGUGUCACAACAGAAGUGAAAGAGCCAUCGGAUAAAUCAAAAUCUCCCAGUGCUGCUGGUGAAAAACCAGAGUUAAAGGAUGUUGAGACGAAAGAGAUAGAGAAGUCGAGGUCUCCCAGCGUAGCAAGUGUCACAACAGAAGUGAAAGAGCCAUCGGAUAAAUCAAAGACACCCAGCGUUGCUGGUGAAGAGCCAGAGUUAAAGGAUGUUGACUCGAAAGAGAUAGAGAAGUCAAGAUCUCCCAGCGUAGCAAGUGUCACAACAGAAGUGAAAGAGCCAUCGGAUAAAUCAAAGUCACCGAGUGUUGCUGAUGAAGAGCCAGAGUUAAAGGAUAUUGACUCGAAAGAAAUGGAAAAGUCGAGGUCUCCCAGCGUAGCAAGUGUCACAACAGAAGUGAAAGAGCCAUUGGAUAAAUCAAAGUCACCGAGUGUUACUGGUGAAGAGCCAGAAUUAAAGGAUGUUGAUACAAAAGAGAUUAAAAAAUCGAGGUCUCCCAGCGCAACAAGUAUUACAACCGAAGUGAAGGAAUCAUUAGAUAAAUCAAAGUCUGCCAGUAUUACUGAUGAAGUUGCUGAAUUGAAAGAUACAAAGGAAAUUGAAAAGUCGAGGUCUCCGAGCGUAACGAGUGUCGCAGCAGAAGAAAAAGAGCCUUCAGAUAAAUCAAAGUCUCCCAGUGUUGCUGGUGAAAAGCCAGAGUUAAAGGAUGUUGAGAUGAAAGACGUAGAAAAAUCCAGAUCUCCAAGUGUAACGAGUGUUACUGCGGAAGUGAAAGAACCAUCGGAUAAAUCAAAGUCACCCAGUGUUUCUAGUGAUAUUGCCGAAUUAAAAGAUGUCGAUACAAAAGAUAUUGAAAAAUCCAGAUCUCCAAGUUUAACAACAGAAAUCAAAGAAAAAUCCGAAGAUGUUGCAAAAGAGAUUGAAAAAUCGAGAUCUCCCAGCGUGGCGAGUAUCACAACAGAAGUGAAAGAACCAUCAGAUAAAUCAAAGUCACCGAGUGUUGUUGGGGAAGAGCCAGAAUUAAAGGAUAUUGAUAUGAAAGACGUAGAUAAAUCCAGAUCUCCCAGUGUAACUAGUGUCACAGCAGAAAUCAAAGAAUCAUCGGACAAAUCAAAGACAUCCAGCGUUGCUGGUGAAGAACCUGAUUUUAAGGAUGUAAAACGUAUUGAAAAAUCUCCAAGCACGGUGAGUGUUGCAAGUGAACAGAAAGAACCAGCCGAUAAAUCAAAAUCGCCCAGUGUUGUUGGUGAAGAACUAGAUUUAAAGGACGUUGAUGUAAAAGAUAUUGAAAAAUCUAGAUCUUCGAGUGUCACUACAGAACCGAAAGAGGCCUUCGAUAAAUCAAAGUCGCCCAGUAUUGCUGGUGAUGUUACCGAUUUGAAAGAUGUCGAUACAAGAGAUAUAGAAAAAUCCAGAUCUCCGAGCCUAACAAGCGAAAUAACAGAUCAGAAGGGGACAGAAAUUAAAUCAAAAUCUCCUAGCGUCGCAGGAGAAUCAAUUGAUUUGAAGGAUGUUGAUGUUGUGAAAGAUGUUGAAAAAUCUAGAUCUCCGAGCGUGACAAGUAGUAUAACAGAAACGAAACUGGCUGUGGAUAAAUCAAAAUCGCCUAGUGUCGCCGGUGAUGUUGUCGAUAUGAAAGAUGUCGACGUUAUGAAAGAUAUUGAGAAGUCUAGAUCCCCUAGCGUGACAAGUAUCACCGCAGAAACGAGAGAACCAUCGGAUAAAUCAAAAUCGCCUAGCAUAACUGGAGAUGCCCCUGAUUUGAAGGACGUUGACGCAAAAGGUAUCGAAAAAUCGAGAUCUCCAAGUGUCACAAGUGUUACGGAAUCGAAAGAACCUUUAGAAAAAUCGAAAUCCCCUAGCAUUGCUGGCGAAGCGCCCGAUGAUAUCCCUACGAAAGAAAAAUCUAAAUCUCCCAGCGUAUCUCCUAGCGCUCUAACAGAGACAAAAGAUAUAUCGAAAUCACCAAGUGUUGUCAGCGAUACCGAUUCGAAAGAUAUCGAAGGGAAGACUGUAGAAAAAUCUAGGUCCCCUAGUGUAACCAGUGUCGUUACGGAACAAAAGGAGGUAGCGGAUAAGAGACCUAGUAUUGCUGUCGAUUUAACCGAUUUGAAAGAUAUUGAAAAAUCGAGAUCUCCAAGUGUAACUGGUAUCACGACGGAACCAAAAGAUGCAGCGGAGUCCAAAUCGCCUAGCAUUGCUGGUGAUACACCGGCAGAUCUGAAAGAUAUCGAUAAAUCUAGAUCUCCCAGUGUAACAAGCGUAGUUACGGAAACAAGAGAUGCAUUAGAUAAGUCGAAAUCUCCCAGUGUUGCGAGUGACGUGAAGGAUAUCGAGAAAUCCAAGUCCCCGAGUGAAACUAGUUUACCGACGGAGAUCAAAGAUGCAUCGGUUAAAACGAAAUCGCCCGAUAUCGCUGAGCACGAUGUUGAUUCGACUUCUGAUUUAAAGAGAUCGGUUGAUGUAUCGCCCACAUCCAUUUUGGAUUUACGAAUUAGCGACAGAAGGAAAUGUUCGAUUUCGUCGGACGUUCCCGAUAAAAAGGAAAUUUCGAAGUUCCCUGGUGACGAGAUUAAAGAUAAAUCUGUGUCGCCUGUCGAUAAAACAGACGCGAUUGAAAAGUCUAAGGACAUGGUGUGCACAGUACCAUCGUCACGCGAUGUAACGGGCAGGGAAGAGUCGUUCGUUUCUCGUAAAUCAAUAUCACCGGAAUUGGGUGAGAAAAUCGACGAUAAGGAUAGAAUAUUGGGUGCCGAUCGAUUGAAAGACGAGCGGAAGGGGGAUACAACGGCCGAUAAGGAAGAAAAUAUCACAAGAUAUAUCUUAGAGGAAUAUAUAAAUAAGGGAAGAAAAAUUACAACGUACGUGAUAGAAGAGAUAAUUAGAACUUAUUCGGUGUCGGAGUUUAUAGUGAUGAAUAUCAUCGAAACGAUCAUUAUGACGAGAAAGAUACGCAGAGAUUCGAUUUUAGAAAUUGCCGAGCAUAAAAGAUCGGAGGACGAAGCGAAAAUGGCGCGAGGCAAAGACGCGACAAAAGACACGAGCGAAGGUUCCAUAAGCUCGAGCUUGAGUUCAGAGCUGAUCGCUUCCGACAAAUCCACCCAGGACAGCCCUGCGCGCUCCGAUCCCCACAUCGACGAGGAGGUAUCGAUCUCGGAAGAGAAGAGGGUCGAGAUGGAGAGGUUUUUGGAGGAGGAUUAUAUCAAACAGGGGAGGAGGAUCACCGAAGAGAUACUGGAAGAGAUCACUGUAAGGACAUCUCUGCCCCGAUACAUCAUUCUAGAAAUAAUCGAGGAGAUAAUUUUGAAGAAGAAACUUGCCCGAGAAUCCAUAAUUGACUCGGAGAUCGACUAUCAAGAGGACGAGGAGGGUGAAGACAGUUACGCCAAGGAUGGCUUCCGUUACGAAAAAUCACCAUCCCCUCGAUACGAAGAAAGAAAAUUGUCUUACGAUUACAAGGGAUCCGAAUAUCCAAGAAUACAGCAACAAGGCACGCAAAUGGACGCGUCUAUAUCUGAUUACACGGUCGGCCAAUACGAGAGCCAAUUUCACAAAGCGUUCGUCGGCGGGGUGACGGAGAUACGAACCACUCACAUCACGACGCUCUCGGGCAAGUCAACGCCCGAUAUGACCCGAGACGAGACACCCGACUCGAUCUCGGAACCCACGGCCUCCACGGUGGAGAAAAUGGAGGAGAAAUCGGGUGUCGUUAAACCAGACAAAGACGUUUCCAAGAUCACCUCUUCCACUAUCACCUCCACGGUGACCCAGAGGACGUCCGUCGUGGAGACGGAAGGAAAACCUGGUCAGAUAAUACUGAAAGAGAGCAAGAUCGGUGAGCCGGUCGAGAUCGAGGAGGAAUCGGUCGAACAGCGGCCAGAAAUUUCGUCGGACGGUAAAGUGAUCGUGGUGAAGAGAAUCGUGAAGCGGGAAGUGCUCGAGGAAGAGCCAGAUACUAUUCAAAUACUGAAAGAGAGUAAAAUCGGCGAAUCGAUCAGGAAGAUGACCGAAGAAUCGUCGUCGGAUGCAACGAGGCUGGAGAUCAAGGAGGCCGCUAUGGACGAGAAAUUAUUAUUAGGCGAGGAGGAAUCAGAAAUUUCACCAGACGGUAAGGUCAUCAUAGUGAAGAAGAUCGUGAAACGUGAGAUCGUUCCGGAGGAUGAGAUCGAAGAUUUAAAAACGAUCAAAGAGAUCAAGGAAAUAACGAUCCCGGAUACGAUCGAGACGGUGAGGAAGGAGACGAAACAAAUUGUGAUCACCGGGGACGCGUUGUCCGAUGGUAAGGUGAGCUUGUCAGAUGCUGAGAAACUGUUUACCGGCCAUAAAUUAUCCGACAUCGUAACGAGCACACGCGCCGACGUGAAGGUGACGACAACGAUCACGAAGGUGGAUGAGAGCGAUAUUUCGGCCAUCGACGAGGGAACGACGAUCAAGGAAACCGUGAUCAGGGAAACCUUGGGGAAAGACACUGCGAGAAAGCAGGAGAAGGAGGAGAAACGGAUGGACGAGGAGGGAGGGACGAAGAAACUGGAGGCGGAGGUAAAAACGGAGAAACGGCCGGUAUCCCCUCACGUGCGCGACAUUGCCUCCGAUAUCGGUGGCGUACCAUCCGGGAGAUCCACGCCCGACAGAAGAUCGGAGGGCAGGUCGUUGACGGGGACCCCCGAAGGAUUCAGAUCAGGCGAGGUGAUCCGAACGAUCAUCACCACUACGAAGACGGUGUCCGACGACGGAGAGAUCGUGACCACGACUCGAGAGGUGACGGAAACGACGAACGAGAAGGGGGAGACGGUGAUCCUGGCCGAGAAAGUGGACGUGAAGGUGGACGAGUACGUGGCAAGCAAGGAAAGCGGCAUCGACAUCCCCCUUCAUCGAUCCGCGCAGCAAGAAAAAGAGAAGGAAGUCGGUAUGGCAGGGAGCCAUUACGGCGAACUGCCAACCUCGUCUCAACUCGGCAAGGGCGGGGAUCUCUCUUCGAUUUCGACGAGGGAGCAGCACAGCGACUCAUCGUACGCGUUCAAACGUUUCCUGGUGGAGAAAGAGUACGCCGGCGAUCACAAGGAGAGGCAAGACGGGAAGAGGUACAUCGACGAGGCUGGCCUCGAUUUCGAGAAAACUAUGGGGGUGGAAGGAAAGGAAUCAGCCGAGUCGCGUGGAAGGGCUGUCUCGUCGAGGUACACGAACGGGAGCGUUCGCCAGGAGGCGUCGGACGCAAGCGACAAGGAGGACGAUUCGAGGACCGAGACGAAGAAGGACCCGUUGGACGGUUGGGGCACCCCUCUCGGCCUUCCAUCCCCCGUCCCGCCUCGCAAGUUCAACCUGAAAAAUGAGAAAUCUCAACCCGGGAACAGCGACACGAGUAACAACGCGAACAAUGAGCCACGUUCCGAUACGGAGAUAAAUUUCGACGCGAUACACGAUUGGGGGGAACCGUUGAGAUUGCCCUCGCCCGCACCGGUGACCAACGAAAUUUCCAACAAGGGAGCACCGGGGACACCGAAGAAGGAGAAGAAGCAAGCGAAGAGGGUGCUGUCCGAGAACAUAAAGAACAAGAAACGUUCGGAGAGCCCGGGAAAGAACGAGAAGAAGAUGAAAGAUUCGAAGAACAAGGUGCAACCGGUUUACGUGGAUUUGACUUACGUGCCUCAUCACGGGAACUCGUAUUACACGUCGUUGGAAUUUUUCAAAAGGGUACGGGCAAGAUAUUACGUGUUCAGCGGCACAGAGCCGAGCCGCGAGGUGUACGACGCUUUGUUGGAAGCCAAAAGAUCCUGGGAGGACAAAGAUCUCGAGGUGACUAUGAUACCGACUUACGACACCGACACAUUGGGCUAUUGGGUUGCGGACAACGAGGAAGCCCUGGCCGCGAAUCACAUUGACCUUUCACCCUCGGCAUCCCGAUGCACGAUUAAUCUGCAGGACCACGAGACUAGUUGCAGUGCCUAUAGACUUGAAUUCUAGGGAUUGGCAGCCUGCUCAGCCGUAAUAGUUGAGUUCUGAGCGGUGUUCAGAGAGUGUAUUUUAUCGCUUCGUUUCUGGACUUGCCGUUUCGCGAAUUCCUUACCGUGCCUAUUAGCGGUUCAUGAAACUUUAGAAAACUUAAGGAGAGGCUACAUCGAACGACAUUGACGUGGUCGUUGUUUUACGAUCCGAAUUUCGUGCCUAAUCAUCCCAUACGAAUCGAUAUGCAGUUGUUCCUUGUUUUUUAAUGCACAGGUUAAUUGGAUCGAGAGAUACGUUAACACGAGACUAACUCUACUACGUUAUAUAAUAUGACAACAUCCAUGUGACAACAACAACAACAACAACAAAAUAUCAAAAGCAACAACAACAACGAAGACGACGGAGACGACAAGGACGAGGACGAUGACGAGGACGCGUACAAUUGCUCCUACUCUUAUCUGUUAUUUUUUUUUUUUUUUCUAUUCGUUCUUCUCUAUCAAUCUUCCUUUCGUUCUUCUUAUUCGAUAAAGAUGUGCAAUGACAGUUAUAUUAAAAUGACAUUGAUCACCUCCCUUGAUACUCGUUCAUGCGACCUUUGCUGAUACGUACGAUAAACAGAUUUGGCCUGUUCUUAGUUUUUCAAACUAAGCUUAGAAAUCCAUUAGAAAACUGCGUAGAGAAUGCUUAUACCGAAGCUCUUCUUUGCACCGUAAACUAUUAUCUUUUUAUACACCGAUAUUCGACUCGAUUGAAAACAAUUAAAUAAAAUGUGUAGAAAAAAAAAAAAGAAAAAAAAAAAGAAGAAAAAGAAAUGAAGACAAACAGGAACAACGCAACACAGCCUAGCAAUAAUACGGACAAGACGUACAAAAGGUUAUUAGAGUCAUACGACAUGGUAAUAUUAUACGCAUAAUGGA